AUGUCUACUUUUGGCUACAGAAGGGGACUUAGUAAAUAUGAAUCCAUCGAUGAGGAUGAACUUCUGGCCUCCCUCUCGGCUGAGGAACUCAAGGAGCUCGAGAGGGAGCUGGAAGACAUUGAACCUGACCGAAACCUUCCUGUGGGGCUAAGGCAAAAGAGUCUGACGGAGAAAACCCCCACAGGGAACUUCAGCAGAGAGGCGCUGAUGGCUUAUUGGGAAAAGGAGUCCCAAAAACUUUUGGAGAAGGAACGGCUUGGGGAAUGUGGAAAGGUUGCAGAAGAAGACAAGGAAGAGAGUGAGGAAGAACUGAUCUUCACAGAAAGCAACAGUGAGGUCUCUGAGGAAGUGUGUACAGAAGAGGAGGAGGAGGGACAAGAGGAGUCUCAAGAGGAAGAGGAAGAAGAGGAAGAGGAAGAAGAGGAAGAAGAGGAAACCACAGCUGAAGCCACCAAACAUAUUAACGGAACUGUAAACUACAAUAGCAUUAACUCAGAUAACUCUAAGCCAAAGACAUUCAAAAGCCAAAUAGAAAAUAUAAACUUAACCAAUGGCGGCAGCAGCGGAGGGACACAGAGGAGGACGGAGUCGCCAGCUGCCAUUCACCCUUGUGGAAACCCCACGGUUAUCGAGGAUGCCCUGGAAAAGAUUAAAAACAAUGACCCCGACACAACAGAGGUCAAUCUGAACAAUAUCGAGAACAUCACCACACAGACCCUAUCCCGCUUCGCGGAAGCUCUCAGGGAGAACACAGUAGUGAAGACAUUCAGUCUGGCCAACACCCAUGCCGAUGACGCUGCGGCCAUCGCCAUUGCGGACAUGCUCAAGGUCAACGAGCACAUCACCAGUGUCAAUGUGGAGUCCAACUUCAUCACGGGCAAGGGGAUCCUGGCCAUCAUGAGAGCCCUGCAGCACAACACGGUGCUCACGGAGCUGCGCUUCCACAACCAGAGGCACAUCAUGGGCUCCCAGGUGGAGAUGGAGAUUGUCAAGCUGCUCAAGGAGAACACGACGCUGCUGAGGCUCGGGUACCAUUUUGAGCUCCCGGGACCAAGAAUGAGUAUGACGAGCAUUCUAACAAGGAAUAUGGAUAAACAGAGGCAAAAGCGCAUGCAGGAGCAAAAACAGCAAGAGGGAUACGAUGGAGGAGCUACUCUUAGGACCAAGGUCUGGCAAAGGGGGACACCAGGCUCUUCUCCAUAUGCAUCUCCAAGGCAGUCUCCUUGGUCAUCUCCCAAAGUCUCCAAGAAAGUUCACACUGGGAGAAGCAGGCCUCCAUCUCCUGUAGCUCCUCCCCCUCCUCCACCCCCACCUCCUCUCCCUCCCCACAUGCUGCCUCCUCCUCCUCCCCCUCCUCCUCCUCCUCCACUCCCAGAGAAAAAGCUCAUCACCAGAAACAUCGCAGAAGUCAUUAAACAACAGGAAAGCGCCCAGCGGGCCCUACAAAAUGGACAGCGAAAGAAAAAAGGGAAAAAGGUUAAGAAACAGCCAAACAAUAUCCUAAAGGAAAUAAAGAAUUCUCUGAGGUCAGUGCAAGAGAAGAAAAUGGAAGACAGCUCCCGGCCGUCUACACCACAGAGAUCAGCUCAUGAGAACCUCAUGGAAGCCAUUCGAGGGAGCAGCAUACGACAGCUACGGAGGAUAAAAUUAAAGAACUUUCUAAAGAGGCUCUUUGGGAAGUAUGAGACAAGUUUGGGGAAAGACUCCUAUGUGGCCAUUUCCCUGGGUUCAUUGAUACACAAAUCAGAUGGCAGCAUUGGUCCCAGUGUUUUCCUAAGUCCAAUUGACAGCCAGAAGUCAGUCUAA